ACACUUGUUUACAAUUACAGUAUAAAAUGAACAUAUCUACUCUUUAAAUAGUGGAACUGUAAACUGAGAAGAUAGUGAAUAAUACUAGCCAUGGCUUCUUCCAAGAUCAUAGCAAAUAAGCCUCAUGCUCUUAUCAUCCCAUUUCCACUUCAAGGCCAUAUCAAAACAAUGCUUAAAUUGGCAAAACUUCUUCAUUCUAGAGGCUUUCACAUUACUUUUGUCAAUUCUGAGUUCAACCACAAUCGUUUUCUCCAUUCCAGAGGUCCUAAUUCCAUGGACGGAUUACCCGGUUUCCAGUUCGAAACGAUUCCCGAUAGUCUACCUCCUUCCGAUCUUGAAAACACGCAGCAUAUUCCAGCUCUUUGUGAAGCUGUUAUGAAUAAAUUCUUCCAACCGUUUCUUGAUCUUGUUGUUAGGAUUCAAGAAAACGGUUCUUCCCGCGGGGAUGUGCCUCCGCUUACUUGCAUAAUUGCUGACGGUUUUUGCUCGACGUUCACCGUUAAAGCUGCUCGAGAAGUCGAACUUCCUGUUGUCAUUUUUUUCACAAUGUGUGCUGCUGCUGUCAUGGGAUUUAAACACUUUGUUGCUCUUAAAGAAAAGGGCAUUACACCUCUUAAAGAUGAAAGUUACCAGACAAAUGGAUAUCUGGACAGCACUGCGGACUGGAUUCCAGGCAUGAUGAAAGGCAUUCGACUGAAGGAUCUUCCUAGCUUAUUCCGAACAACGGAUCCUGACGAUUUGCUCUUUACUUUCACCAUGGAAUGUGCUGAAAAUGCUGUUAAGGCUACUGCAGUUGGGUUCGAAACAUUUGAUGCUCUGGAGAAAGAUGUUCUUGCUGUUUUUCCUUCUAUUUUUCCUCCUGCUUAUACCAUCGGCCCGCUGCAGUUUCAUCUAAAUCAAGGAACUCAUAGUCUAGACUCUAUCGGUUACAAUUUAUGGAAAGAAGACACCGACUGUCUCCAAUGGCUCGAUUCCUUCGAACCUGACUCAGUUGUUUAUGUCAACUUCGGGAGUGUAACGAUCAUGAGUCAACAACAGUUGAUUGAGUUCGGGAUGGGACUAGCUAGCAGCAAGCAUCCAUUCUUAUGGAUCAUAAGGCGGGAUUUGGUCAUUGGUGACUCGGCCAUUUUGCCUCCUGAAUUCUUCGAACAAACUAAAGAAAGAAGUCGAAUUGCGCUGUGGUGUCCUCAAGAAGAAGUCCUUAAUCAUCCGUCAAUCGGUGGAUUUCUUACGCAUUCUGGCUGGGGUUCGACGAUGGAGAGCUUGUCAGCAGGAGUGCCUAUGCUGUGCUGGCCUUUCUUCGCAGAUCAGCCGACUAAUUGCAGGUAUACUUGUGAUAAAUGGGGAGUUGGCAUGGAGAUUGAUAAUAAUGUUAAGAGGGAUGAAGUGGAGAAACUUGUGAGGGAGCUGAUGGAGGGAGAGAAAGGUAAGGAAAUGAGGAACAAAGCCAUGGAAUGGAAAAAACUUGCAGAAGAAGCAACCAGUCCGAAUGGUUCAUCAACUUUGAAUUUGGAAAAGAUGAUCAAUGAAGUUCUUUUACCAAAAAAUUAAAUGUUCUUUGUAUUGCAUUUGGCUGAAUAACAUUUUUGUUUUCCCUUUAUUAUAAGGGAAGUUGAUUUGUUUCUGUUUGAAAUUAUAAAAAUAAAAAUUGGUUUUCGGUUUGGUUUGA